GAUAGAGCAUUUUUGAAUAAGUGCUCUUUUUAGCAUUAUCAUUUUUUUUCAAAAUUGUUAUUACUUAUGAGUAAUAAGCAUAAAGAAUUAUGACUAAAGGGGUUAGUUUAGUCCGUGAAACCGGAAGUGACUUGUCAGCCUCCUUUUUUGGGUAACCAAGGUAACGUCGCUUUGUGGCAAAAUGGCGGCUGCAGCGUCAAACAGGACUGUACCCAUUUAGCCUCUAUCUGCCCGUUGUUUGUUGGAUUUUUCCUUAUUAUGAUUAAAUGUUAGCAUGUUUAGUGACGAAACCUUAGAGUCUCUGACUGUUGAGUCCCAGUGGAAGAAAUCCCAGCUGGGAACAUCCCACUCGAAAAGCUGUCAGAGCAACCCCGUGCACAGUGCAGAUGCAUCAGUCCAGACCGCCUUUACCUCUGACAGUGAUGCACAGACAGAGGAGCAAACAGAGCAGAACCUUGAACUAAACUGGGACCAGCCGGCGCCGCCCGGCCUCGUCGACUUCCUUCAGAAAGUUGAGGACAAGAUCAUCCGAGAGUUAGUUAAAAACGCCAAGAGCCACGCCUUCGAUGGAUUUCACGCAAACUGGGAGGAUCACAGCACGGGGGUUUCACGCCUCCACGCUCUCCAGUAUCCCAGUGCUCAAGAGCGAGGUCUUCAUGUCACCAGUGUGAGCUGGAGCUGCACAGGUUCAGGGGUUGUCUGUGCCUACGGUCGGACUGACGAUGGAGACUGGAGCACAGAGAGAUCCUGUGUCUGCUUGUGGAAUCUGGACCAAAGAGGCCUGCAGAGCAACCAUCCAGACCUGAUCGUAGACGUUCCCUCAGCGGUCACAGCGCUGUGCUGUCACCCCACCCAUCCUGCCCUCAUCGCGGGAGGUCUUUACAACGGAGAGGUGGUGGUCUGGAACACCAGCCAGACUCAGGAUCCCGUCUGGGCUCAGACUGGCAUGUCCUCCGACAGCCACAGAGAGCCGGUGUACCAGGUUUCCUGGGCGCCCCUGCAGAAGAAAGGAGACUUUGGGGUUCUGAGCGCCUGCUCAGGCGGGAGAGUGCUGCUGUGGCUCGUGGACUCGUAUCGGACCAGGCUGGUUCUGAGUGACGGAUAUGCUUUAGCGAAGCAGCAAAUUCCACACAGCAGCAGUGUUGGUCUAAAGGGUCGUGGCAGCAACACUGUGGGCGUCACCUCCCUUGCUCUGUCUCCGUGGGACUCUGACACCUUCCUGGUGGGGUCCGAGGGCGGCCUGCAGCUCAAAUGUUCCUUCUCCUCACGAAUGCCGGCGGCGGUGCCUUCUGAGGGCCUGAGUGUGGCGCUCAAAGCCCCAGCAGUCUUUGCGUUCAGGCCCCACAGCGGCCCGGUGUAUUCCCUACACUGCUCCCCUUUCCACAGAAACCUGUUUGUGAGUGCAGGCACUGACGGCCUGGCACACGUGCACUCUCUGCUGCAGGCCGACCCGCUGCUCUCCCUCAGGGUUUCAGACUCCUACGUGUUUCAGGUGCAGUGGUCUCCGAGCAGACCGCUGGUGUUUGCAGCAGCCAGCGGACAAGGUGACGUCCAGAUUUUUGAUCUGGGUCGAAGGUCGCUCAGACCGGCCGCCACCAUUCAAGAAGGAGGCGCGGACCACGCCGCCACGUGUUUGGCCUUCAACCGUCACAGGCCUCGGGUGUUGGCGGUGGGGAGAACCAAUGGAACCGUCAGCGUUUGGCAGCUCAGCGCCGACUUGGUUGAACAGAACCCCAGAGAAUGCAGCCAGCUGGAGCAAAUAGCCAAUCAGGUGGCAGAGUGACGCCUCUCACCCAAAGAUGGGAAAAAAAAUAAAAAUAAACCAACAGGUUUCCAGUUCUAA